GUGGGGCCCGGGCCUGCUGUGCCUUUAAAGGCGGCAGCCUGAGACUUAAGGUGUUCCCGAGUGCCGUCCUUCGCGCCCGGGCCGCCUGCGCCACGGGCCUCAUGGAGAGCGCCCUGGCCCUGCGCGCACGCCGCGGUGUCCACCCCUCUGCACGUGCGGGGCCUGGGGGUAGGUGGAUCAGAAGUAAAAAACUCAGCCAAACAAGAGAGAGGGAGGGGAAGGGCUAACCUGUGAGGAGUGUGGGCCUCAGAACCAUGUCUACGCGGGAGUCCUUUAACCCAGAAAGUUAUGAAUUGGAUAAGAGCUUCCGGUUAACUAGAUUUACUGAACUGAAGGGCACAGGCUGCAAAGUGCCCCAAGAUGUCCUGCAGAAGUUACUGGAGUCUUUACAAGAGAACCACUUCCAAGAAGAUGAACAGUUUCUGGGAGCUGUUAUGCCAAGGCUUGGCAUUGGAAUGGAUACUUGCGUCAUUCCUUUGAGGCAUGGUGGUCUUUCCUUGGUUCAAACCACAGAUUACAUUUAUCCUAUCGUAGAUGACCCUUACAUGAUGGGCAGGAUAGCAUGUGCCAAUGUCCUCAGUGACCUCUAUGCAAUGGGGGUUACAGAAUGUGACAAUAUGCUGAUGCUCCUUGGAGUCAGUAAUAAAAUGACCGACAGGGAAAGGGAUAAAGUGAUGCCCCUAAUUAUACAGGGUUUUAAAGAUGCAGCUGAGGAAGCAGGAACAUCUGUAACCGGUGGCCAAACAGUAUUAAACCCCUGGAUUGUUCUGGGAGGAGUUGCUACAACUGUCUGCCAGCCCAAUGAAUUUAUCAUGCCAGAUAAUGCAGUACCAGGGGAUGUGCUUGUGUUGACAAAACCUCUGGGGACACAAGUUGCUGUCGCUGUGCAUCAGUGGCUGGAUAUUCCUGAAAAAUGGAAUAAAAUUAAGCUAGUAGUCACCCAAGAAGACGUAGAGUUGGCAUACCAAGAAGCAAUGAUGAAUAUGGCACGGCUCAACAGGACAGCUGCAGGACUUAUGCACACAUUCAAUGCCCACGCAGCCACUGACAUCACAGGCUUCGGGAUCUUGGGCCAUGCUCAGAACCUGGCUAAGCAACAGAGGAAUGAAGUGUCGUUUGUGAUUCACAACCUCCCUGUGCUGGCCAAGAUGGCUGCUGUGAGCAAGGCCUGUGGGAACAUGUUUGGUCUCAUGCAUGGAACCUGUCCGGAGACAUCAGGAGGCCUUCUAAUAUGUUUACCACGUGAGCAGGCUGCUCGGUUCUGUGCAGAGAUAAAGUCCCCCAAGUAUGGCGAAGGUCACCAAGCAUGGAUUAUUGGGAUUGUAGAGAAGGGCAACCGUACUGCCAGAAUAAUAGACAAGCCCCGGAUUAUCGAAGUUGCACCACAAGUGGCCACUCAAAAUGUGAAUCCCACACCUGGUGCCACCUCCUAAUGUAGACAGAAAUAGCUAUUUGGUUUUGUUUUUAAAUAGAUCUAUUUCCUUUAUCAUCACUUCAAUUAAAGACUAUAAGCAACAACAAAAAUCUCAUUGUGUCUACACAUCUGGUGACCUUAGGUCGAUUGUGAGUGGAUACAAUUAAUAAAAUGAAAUCCAUGGCCUUCUUUUCCUGUUACAUUAACUGAAGAUGCACCUAAUCUUGAGGCAGCUUCUGAGUUGAGAAUUAUAUUGUUAUCCAAUACUGUUGAUUCAUUUUGAAUCUUUAGACACGUAUCUCUUGCCGCAUAGGCUCUUUCUAAAGGUGCUUUCACACAGCACAGACAUUACUGAGAGUAGUGUCACAUAACAGUUGUGUCUUUUCAUUAUAUGUGUAUUUAUCAUAUCAGUCUGGUCUUUUUUUGUAUCUUGGAUGGUAUUCUGGAAGGUUAGAUUUGGUAAGUGACAAGAUGGUCUCCUGGUAGUAAGAAGGUUGCAUGGUUCCUUUGCAUCUUUGAUUUGUAAAGCUGAGACUAAUAAUUCAAGAGCAUCUCUUUGACCCAGGACAUUCUCCAAUAGUGCAUUCAGUUUCACAAGGCAAGUGCUUCAGUCUGCAUGGAAAGCACUUUGAAGACAAAAAAGAAAUGUUAUUUCUUUUUGUAGCCUUCCUGAUAUUUACAAUAAUAUCAUUAGCUUUUCUUUACUGAUAUAGCAAAAAAGAAUACUUUUUGCAAUGUAAUUAGAUGUUCUAUAGUGCAACAAGGAAUUGCCUUCCAAUAGGGAGUUCAUGUAUAAUACUCAUUUACAAUUCAAUAUAUAAUUAACUACGCAAAUAAUUUUUAAAUAUAAUCAAUAAUAAAGGCUGUUGUGUGGAUGGUAGUGUUUAAUACAUUUUAUAUUUUGUAUAGUGAUUUCAGGCCUUUUGUUUCCUUAAAAUCAGCAGCUCUUUAGCCUAAUUCCUAGCAUUGUUUUGUCCUUUGCGCUAGUACUUUUUUGUGCACGCUUUUUGUGAUCUGUUAAUCUGCAUUGCCAACAUUGCAGCUCGAACUUAAAACUUGUUAUUCAAAUAAAUAUUUAAUUUUUUAAAUUGCUCUUGUAUAAUCAGAUGCCCCUUUUAGUAUUAUUUUAGAAGCGUUGGGAGGGUUUUGCCUAAAGUACAAUUUAUCGGGGAAAACUAGAUUUUAGUUUUAUAAAACUUUUAAGUCUUUCAUGGGACCUAUAUUUUCUUGAAUUAAAUUUUGUAGUUCUAGAACAAAUAGGCAAUCUAAAGAGGUGUUAUCUGUGUUACUUAAAGCAGAGGCUUCCUUAUAUUUUAACCUACUAAGCAGUCGAGGGGGUUCCAGUCGUUAAGCACAAGGGCGCUGCAUCUUCCUGUGUCUUCGAAAGAAGAGAAGCAUCAAGGGUGCCAGUCCUCCACAAGGCUUUGAAGGCUUCCUGCUUGCCGGCACUGCAGCCGCACUCCAAACCUGUCGAUCCUCACCAAAGGAACUCUCCUCCCCACGCAAAUCUACCUGGAAGCCAGGGUCUUUAGGCCCCCCUCGUGUGCACCUGAGACUGAGGCCCUUGGUGGCGGGCAGUGCAGAGGAGGCUGCCACAGACUGGCAAUACUGGACGUUUUAUAGGAAUUUAUAUAGAUGUCGGUCCUCAAGCUGCACACCCGCCAGUGGUCGGCAAAAUAAAAUGUGUUGGAAACCUCUGA